AUUUAUUUAUAUCUUCGUUUCUGAUAAUGUCAGAUUCUGAGGAAGAUUUAUCCGCUCCUCAGAUGGAUUCUGAAAGUGAUUUUGACCUCGACGAAGGUAAAGCUAAAAAAAAGACCACUAAAAAAAGCUCAAAAUCUAAAACUAAUUCUGAUAAGUCAGAAAAAACUCCAAAAAAGAAAAAAGCCGAAGAUAAAACCAAGAAAAAGUCCUCUAAAAAGGAAACUAAAUCUAAAAGCGACAAGUCGGCCCUUAAAAAGGUAAAAAAAGACAAAAAUACUAAAAGUAAAAAUGAAAAAAAGGAAAAGAAAGAAAAGAAAACUACGAGAACUCUGAAACCUAAAGAGCCUAAAGAAAAAACUGUCAAACUUGAACUUAACACUUCAUUCAGUAAACUAGGCCAGAGGUAUAUGACACCUCCUCAGGGAGAUGGAACUAGGGGAUUUUACGAGAGUUUGUACGAGGAGAACCCGAAUAGCCUAAUCGCAAUUAAAUUUUGUGUAGAAUAUGGUAUUUUUGGUGGUUCUAAGCAUGACGAGGUACUGCAUAAGUACACGCAGCUUCAAAAGAACGGUCACUUUAAGGGUGCUGCGGGGGCUAUUAAACCCUCUGCUAUAACUUUUCUACAAAAACUCAAGGCUAACUGACGAAAUAUUAUCAAUUCACUUAAUAUUUAAUCUCAGGAUUUGUA